GUCUACCCACCUGUCAGCGCUCAACUCCAACUCUCCUUCGUGGGCGUGCACAACCUUGUCGUCAGCUGCAUUGCCAAUGUGCCCAAGGGUGGCGAGGACGGCCGGGGCUAUCCCGAUCCGCCAGAUGGUCUGCACUUGGCGCAGCUUUGCUAUGUCAGAACCCCCGACGCCCUGUCGCUGGAUGGCCACGUCACGUCGGACAUCUCCCUCACAGGCUUUGGCUGGGUAGCGGUCUCCUUUUCCGCGAUGAACAGCCAGGCAGCUGGCCGGCCAAUGCAGCGAUCAAAAGUCACCAUCCGCGUUUUUGGUCCAAAGCGCUUGAAGGUGGUUCAGAACGAGUUUCCGAUGCCCGUCGCGGGUCUUCCGGGCAUCGUCCCUGCCCCUCCAGAGGUUGGCCUGGAGGAUGAGGAUGCGGAGGAAGCGACUGCAGCAGAGGAGGCGGACUCCAUCGAUCCGGAGACGCCAGCGGUGGUCGAG